AUGAUUGGUCGAUACGCUGAGGCCAACCUGAGGAUGGCCGAGGGGUGCUCGCUCGAGCAGGAGCUGUUGGCGAUCAAAGAACAAGUCCAACCUACCAUGGCUCGUUUGAAGGAGAACGACCUCGUUGUCCAGAGAGAGAACGAGGAACUUGCGCAAGUUGAGGCUCAGAUUGCCGGGCUCCAGGUCCGUCGGGCUCUUAUCCUUCAACGCCGAGAUCUUGCGGUCGCAGCCGGAGCUGAGUUGAAGUCUUCGGCCAGACAUAUUUUCAAAGCAGCGACCGAGAAAAAGAAGGCCCUGGCCGAGAGGAAGCUGAUCUGGGCGAGGUGGCAGGCAGACAUAGAUGGUGGAGACAUUGCCUGGAGAAGGAUAACCUGCCUGAUCUGGGGGAUGUUCAGCGAAGGCGUUUAG